UAAAUCAAUAGUAAUAUCAACAAGCAAUAUUUAAUAUUAUGGUGUUACCCACGUAAAUCGUUUCUAAAUUAAUAAAUCUCUGAAAGUAAUAUUUUCGUGAUGAGAGCUGUAGCGCACCAAAAUAUGGCCACACAUUAAUUAUAAGUUUGCUCCCACCCCCAAAAACUUCUUGAAACAUGGAGGGUGUGGAGGCAUCAGCCGUAAACCUGUUAAAACGGGCCGUGGAACUGGAUAGUGGGGGACAACGACUGGAGGAGGCAGUGACUUGCUACCAGGAAGGUUGUGGGCUGCUGAUGUCUGUGAUGAAAGCAACAAGUGAUGUGACAAAGAAAUCAAAGCUCCGAGAAAAGAUGGAACAGUAUCUAAAGCGUGCUGAAGACUUGAAGAAACGUGUCCAGCAUGAUAAAGAAGUUGGUAAAUGCCAUGAACAAAUCCAGAUUGCAGCUGAUUCAAUGGGUCACAGCUACAAUAAAAUCUUCGGUCGCUUCAUAACUGACAACCUGACCUCUGUAGAGGUUGAUGAUCCUUACAUCCGCUCCACUCACCAGGUUUACAAUUUCCUUCGAUUCUGUGAGCUGUUGGUCAAGAAAAAGUCAUCUCUCACAAAAAUCAUUUUGACAACUGGACAAGAUGAGGGGGCUCAAGCACAAACACAGCAAGUGCAGCAAUUGCAGCAGAUUGGUCAGUCUUUACAAAACUUUGGUGUGGAACUGACUGUGAAACUGUCCAACACCCUGCAUGACAGAGAGAUUAGGUUUGACAAUGGCUGGAUCAUUAAAAUUGGAAGAGGUCUGGACAUUUAUAGACCAACAGACAAGUUUUCUCUUGGAUUUUGUGACUUUGACUUGAGACGGUGCCAUGAGACAACCAUAGAUAUUUUUCACAAGAGGAGUAUCAAAGAUGGUGUCUAGCCUUGUGUUUAGUCUGCACAAUUUUACUGCAGGUCUGGGAGCUGAGGCUUUCUUGAGCCAGUGACUGAAAAGCUCUGUCUUCCAGUACAGAGCAGUGGGUCCUUGAUUUGUCUAGUAAGUUAAAAUAUGUUAGAAAGUGUUGGAUGGGCUAUGUCCUACACAUUUAUCUGAAGACAAUGAUGCAUGAAGAUGUCAGAAAGUGUUGUUUAGCUGUGGCCUGCACAUAUCUAAAGACAAAGUGUGAUGUUAAAGAGCAGAUAAUGUGAGAAUAAUUACUUCAGAGUUUUUACUUUUCUACAUCCAUCAGAAACGAGAAGACAGUGCUGCAUGCUGAUAGAAACAAUACAAGUUAAGGUAGGCCUGUGCUUAUGUUAAUAUAUGACCAUUCCUUACAUUCUUGCAUACAGAAAAUAGGUGUGAUUGUGCAAGGUAGCCGACUGAAGCAAUACAAGUUAAUGUAACUCUGGGUUGUACAAUUAUGUGCAUAUGCAGCCAAGUUUGGAUUACCUUCCCUUGUUCUGUUUUACUCUCAUAUAUGCGAGCUUCAUUUAGCAACCCAUUUGGUGUACAUGUAUUUUUGUUGAGAAAAUCUUUUAUCUUAACUUUAAAUGAACUCUAAUAGAGGAGUCUCUGGCAGUCUUUCAAAAAUCAACAGCCAUGAACAGUUUCUUCAAAUCAGCUUUUGAGAAUUGGUGUGUGUAUGUGAGAGAGAAAGAGGCAUAUAGGUUUGUGAAUGUUAACACACAUUUUUUUGACUUUGUACUUAUAUAUAUGUGUAAAUGUGCAUGUGGAUGUUUGCAUGAGGUGCGUGUAUUCCCAUGUGUAUGUAUGAACAUAAACAUGCAGAUAUGUGUGCACUCUAUAUUUUUAUAGAUGCCUGAAAAGGAGUUUAUAUCAUUAAAUUGAAAAUAAGACAAGUUUUAACAAAACAUCAAAAUGCAAAUUGUUGUUAUUGACUUGCAACUCAUUAAUCAAUGGCUGCCUGAAAUAACAUUUUGAGUAGCAUUCUUUUAUCCCCAUUGCAAAUUUCUCCACCACCUAUUCACCAGGUAGUAGAACUUUCUCCAUCACCACCAACUUAUUAAAUCUGUAUCUACAUUUAUAGUUUAAGUUGCAGAGCUUUUGCUGAUAUGGGACAGUUUUGUCAUAUUAGCAAUUGAUUUGAACAUUGUUUUAAUCCACCAGUCACUCUAUAACUGAAAGUACAGAACUAUUUUAUGUUGUCAACACACAUAGUCACUCUUGAGUGGCUUUUGUUUAGCAUGUUAAUAAUAUUCAGAAGCAGUUCAGUCCCCUUUAAAUGUAGGGAUCAUUGAAGAAUUUUAUGGACAUAGUAGCCAGAAAAGUUCACUGACGGCACUGGCACAAGUGAUGCAGAACUGUGCAAUCUCUAUUCUAUACACUUGGAAAUCCUUUUAUUACCAACAAAUGGAAUAAUCAUUUAACUGCCAGCAGGUUGUAAAGAUUUUGCAAUACAUUAGCAGUUUGCAGGAACCACAUACAUCGCCACACACAGCCUUUUCUUUCAUGCAUUAUGGAGAUGGAGCAUUUUUUCUAUAACCUUUUUAAUACCUUCACCACAAAUAUAAAUAGCACCGUUAGAAAUGUUUCUAUACUUAGUGUUUAAACUAUUUCUUACAGUUUCUCCAACAAAGCAAAAAAAAACUUGUGACAUACACAAGCUCUUUAAAAAAAAAUGUUAGCCAAGUGCAUAGAAGUGUACAAUGACGAGGGAUCCUUAUUUGCAUGCUAUUGAGAACUAGCCUGCUCAGUGGUAACAGUCCUUACAGCAGCACAGCAUAACCCCCAAAUUACAGUCUGCUAUCAGCCAUUCUUAUAAAAAUGAAAUAUUGUGAAACUGUAGAAAAUGUAGCCAAUAAAUCAAGUGGAUGCAAUGUAUCAUGCAAUGUAUAUCACAGUAACUUAAAAUCUGUUGAGAAAGAUUUUUUAAUAUUGUUCAUAAUAAACUGAAUUUUCAUUUUCCUAUUUAUAUAGAAAUUAUUUACAAGUUGCUUCAUUUAAAAAAGUAGAAAAUGAGAUUAUGGGCUAGGUUUGUACUUUUGCCUAAUGCUCCUGGAUCAGUCAAGAAUUAUUGCUGGAUGCAUGCCAUGCUAUUCAGGCUUUGGAACAUCUUUAACCAAGAGCAGAAAUGAUAUAUCAGACAGCACUGAUAACAGGAAUAAAUGAAUGCUUUUCAUGCUAGAAUGAAUUACUGGUUUCAAGUAUUAUGCUAUAAUCAUUUAUGGCACACAAUUAUGUUAUUUGAUAAGGCAGCCUUAAAAAUGACAAAACAGCAAAGAGAAUGGUUCACAAUCAUCGCAUAUUUGCAACAACUCUAUAAUCUUCUGAUGAACUGUGACAUGAUCACAAGUAUUUUACAAAUAUUUAAUAGUUGAUGAUUAGGAAAUAACAAAGAAACAAAAAGCUUUAAUGAAGCAAAUACGAUAUAUAUCAUUGUCUAAUUAGGGAAAAGCAAUGCAAGCUUACCACUGAUCUAUCUAGCAAACUUUACUGAUGAACUAGCAUGAUAUAAAUCCAUGUUUGUAUGCACACAAUCACAAUAUUGUACAUAAGGAAAUAACAGCACAUUGCAAA